CGUGUACCUCCUGUCUUGCAGCUGAUCAAGAAGCAACUGGUGAAUGCCAUCAAGGCCUUGCAGAAACAGUACGUCACCUCGGAUGCUGUCGUGACCAGCGACGAUGGGAACGCAAACACCCUCUGCAGCGCCCUGGAAGCCGUCUUUGUGCACGGGCUGAGGGCAAAGCAUAUAAAGACGGAGAGUGGGGGGAAAGGAAAGAAAGCAGGAGGUCGGGGACCACUUCCCCAGCCGGUCUUCUGGGGUCUGCUGAAGAGCAUUACCCAUCGAAAUACUGUCUCGGAGCUGGAACAACUCAUCUUUAUCAAUACGGAUGUCGGCCGCUGCCGAGCCUGGCUGAGGCUGGCUUUGAACGAUGGCCUUGUGGAGUGUUACUUGAAGCUGCUGCUGCGGGACAGGUCCCGGCUGCCCGAGUACUACCAAGCGACCGCGCUGCUCUUAGAUGCUGAGGAGUGUGAGUUUCUCCUUAGCUACUUGCAGGGCUUAACGUCCUUAACCUUCGAGCUCUCCUAUAAAUCAGCUGUGUUGAACGAGUGGACCAUCACCCCUCUCUCCCUGUCUGGUCUGUGUCCUGUUUCGGAGCUGCUGGAGGAGCCCCUCGCGUCCUCGACAUCUGAGCCCCACAGAAAAGCAUCGCUGGGUUCGAUCUCCCAGUCAUCGGGGUCGGACGAGAUCGAGAUUCAACCCCCCGUCCUCCCCAUCAGCAAAGCCAGCAGCAAAACCAAACUCACGUCGUCCUCACUGAGCCUUAACACCACGAGCUCGUCCCAGCUCUCCUCCAGCCUGGGCUCCGACAGCGUCCUCCCGGCCCACUGCGCCCGCAGUCCCGAGCAGAGCGAGGAGCCGCUCUCCUGCGACUCCGACCUGGGCACGGCCACUGCUGAGGACCUGGACAGGUCACUGCAAGAGUGA